AAGAUGAGUAAAGCCGUACAGACUCUCAUAGUUCCUUUCGGACUUAAGAGUCUUCUUGUGGCAGUCGGCGAGGCAGUAAUAUUGGAGCAACCACCCAAUGUGACGGAGUUCAUUGCUUCAUAUUGCACCCAGCUUCUAGAAUUGAAGCAAGAACACCCAGAUUUUAGCAUUAAAGAUUUAUCAACCUACCUCAAGGAAUCAAAGGGCCAAACAGAAUGCCAAAGGAUCGCCUCUCACCCUUGUCUUGCCGAGGAUGUUUUGAUAGAAUACUCCCACAGACAAACUGAACAACAUUUUGCUGCAUCCGACCUGUCAACUGCGGCGGUAUCAGCCACCAUGUCACAAAACCCUUCAAGCAUUUGUCACCUGAGCAAGCAGGACACUCAUGACCCCCCUACAAACUCAGGGAGAGUUUCCUCUGCUGUGCAUAAAGGACCCAAUACUCAUGUUCCCACUGAUGAAAGCAGUGAACAUUGGGAGGAGCUUGGCCCAUUGUCCCUGGAGAAAGACGAGGACAGGAUGUCAGUGGUCCAGUCUGCAGUGUUCCAGAGAGCUCCAUCCGUCAAUGAUGUUGAUGACCUUCACGGUACAGUUUUGAUUUGCGCCUCCAGGGCUCCAUCUGAGGAUGUGAUUGUAGUUCACUCAGAGAACCUCCCUGAAAUGCUCGUAUUCCACAGUGAUGCUCAACCACAUGCCAGUAGCUCUCCAACGUGUGACCUGGUCUCCACAGCUCCCCUUGCCACUGUCAGACAGCGGUUUGAAGAUAGCGAGGGGGGCUCCAGUGUGGUGAUAUUUAAUAAGGUUCCCUCAUUUGAGGACUUGUCUAACCCACCGAUUAUGGAAGAGCUCCCCUCUGCUACAGGGAAGACUUUGGUUGAUCCGGAGAUAAGGUCAAGCAGGGAUGAAGAUCUUUUACAGGAGGAAAGGAGAAUAUAUCCCUCUUAUCAGGAGGAUCCCUUUUUAACAGCCGUACAGGAGGUAACUUACAUAGUGUCCUCAUUUGGGAUCCCCAGUAAAGAGGAAAGUGUGGAGAGACCGGCAAUGACAAAAGUCCAAUCGGAUCCGUCAAGGGAAGAGGAGUAUCCUUCCUCAUCUGUUCAAGAAGGACAAAGUCACCAGAUGAUUACAAAGAGUGCUCCCUCUGGAAAAGCCUCCACUGGAGCAGUACACAAAGUGUCCUCAGUCAGGAUUCCUAAUAGAGAAAAGACUUUGGGGAAGUCUGCAGAGACCCCAAAGAAAGACACACCUUCAAGAAUACAUUCCAAAGUAUCUCCCAGAGUAUCUCCCAGAGUAUCUCCCAGAGUCACUCCUAGAUCAUCCUCACUUUCAGGUUAA